UGUAGACAGUUCGCGAUGUCCGGAAAAUCGAUUUCCUACCCCCACCACCAUUCCACGCGAAUAGUAGAGGUAGAACCGUCGGACUGUCAGCAGCAGCAGCAGCCGCGGCACAUUAGUCAGUCGAGUCAGUCAAGAUCCGACCUCGUCAGGCCAAUGAGCAACGCGAUGGCUACGUGUUAUCCAGUGUCGUACGAGUUAACUUCACCGGCUCAAAGGACAGUAGUGCCCAAUACGGUACCAGUGCAACAAAAGGAUUAUUCCAGGCCGCUUCACGUGGAUUGUAGUGUCGAAUACGAACUACCGAACGCCGCUAAACCGCCGCAAGGUGUCCGGAACGAACCGUUGUUGAUGAUCCAUCCGUGUUACUUCCGGAAAAUUGAAAGUCAACGACGUAGUCCUUUUAUUAACAAUUUACCUGCCAGGCCAGCCACCGCCUUGAAACGACGAGGCAUGCCUCGCGGACAACAAUUGCCUCAGCAAGUGCCAGUACAAGCAGCGCCUUAUCCAGUUCAGUACCAGCCUCAAAAUAACAGUUCCACUUGGGAUCCACAGCCUCAAAUGGCACCGAGUCAACCUUACUGCAAACGGGACGUGUUAGCUUCAGCUUGUGCAGCUUACACGGCUGUUACUAGCAGAGACGCGACUUUAUGGACAGAUCCAGAAUGUUCACCGGAUCGGCCCGAAGAUAAACACAUUCUAUCCGGCAAGUACCGGCAAUACCUCAGAGCUCACAGACUGCACCCCUACGUUAGUUCGGCCAUACCUUUGGCCUCAACUUUUCCCCAUCAAAUUCAGCAAGUGUGCUAUAACGUGUGAUCGUUGUGAUAUAAUAAUGUUUCUUUGCCGAUCGGUUUAUUGAUGCUGGUCGAAAAGAGCGGAGGCUGCAGAUUUUUUUAGAUGAAAAUAAAAGUGGUUUUCCGUCACCCUUCUUGUGAUAAUAGUGUGUAAUUUGUGGGCGCAAAAAGUAAGGGCGCAAGCGUCCCGACGUCUCGGGCGUGGUAGUAGUGAUCCAGAUGAUACAUCAGCUGUGCAUGUGUUUAUCUUCUUAUUUUAGUUUCUAUUUAUAUGGAUUAUUGAUCUUUGAUGUUAUCUAAAAAAAAAAUGGGUAAUUAUUAUUUUUGUUUAUUGAUAAGAGAUUGUGUAUCUUAUUCUAUCAAAUUAUGCACAUAUUUGUCGAUUAACUCCUCUAAAUAUUUAAUUUUGAAUUGAGGAUAAUAUGUAUCAAAAGUAUCUGUGACAAAAUUUGAUGUUUUUCGUUUUUUUUUUUUGGUAGAGAUUAAAAGACUGUACCGCAAGUACACUUUAAUUAAUUAAAAUAAACGGUCUCUGAUGACAUGUUAUAAGUACCAAUGAUUUGUUUUUCUUUAUUAAUCACUUUUUUGAAAAUGUUUGGGCAAAAUAAGAUUUAUGAAAACACAGACAACCUUGCAUAUGAAACACUUAAUUUUUAAUGCUUAUUGAUAAAAGUAUCUCAAUCUUCAUACUUUUGACACACACUCAUUAUUAUAAGUACCUAUGUACCUACUUCUAAAAUUCUGAGACAUUCUUAUACAAAAUAACUAGUUCAAUUGCAAAAAUGUUAAUGGUACUUGUAUAUGUGAUCAGAAGCCAAAAUACAUCCCCAAGAUAAACUAGCUUUAAAUAAAAUUCUAAAAUUAAAAAAAAAAGUGCUUAAAUUAUUCUACUUCUAGUUUAGGCAGGCAUAUAUAAAAUAGCAAUCGUUAACAUUUGCCAGACAGUCAUUUCAAAUGUCCCCCAAAUUACAUCAUCAUGUGAGUGACAAAUUUUAAAUGGCAGAGCUAAAUAACGCAUUUUUUAAAAUUAAAUGUCAAGACUUUCAUUGGUAUAUCAUUCUAGUAAUGACAUUAUAAUUCGAAAUGGCUAUGUGCAUUUUUAGAUUCAACCAUUAUUUACAAUUUGUUGCAAAUUUUGAAAUAUCUAGUAUUUGAACUCGGAAGUUUUUGAUAACCUAACCAGUUUCUUUUUCGUUUUUCAAUUGUAAUUCAGAAAGUUGUUAUUCAAAUUUUUCAAAUGUAAUUCAGAUAAUCUCACUUGUAAUUCAGAUUCAGUUUAGAAAAAAUCUCAAUUGAAAUUCAGAAGAUUUAGUUGGAUUAAAAUUUAUAGAACAAUGUAUUUAUGUUUGUACAGGUUUUCUUCUAAGUCUAUAAUCAAGAAAUCCGUUUAUCCGAAUUAUAACUGUUAUCUGAUUUACAAAUGGGAUUUUAUCUGAAUUACAAGUGAGACUUUCGGAAUUACAUUUGAAAAAUCUGAUUUACAAAUGUGGUUUUUUGAAUUAAAUUUGAAUAAUGUGAAUUACAAUUCAGGUUUUUUGAAUUACAUUUGAAAAAUCUGAACUACAAUCGAGGUUUUCUAGAAAACAUUUGUAUUUUUUUGAAUUACGUAUGAUUUAUGCUAUGAGAUGCAAAUUUUUUGGAGAAGGUAUGCUUUUGAUGUGAUUUUUUGGAUUAUCUUCAUCUUGAAGGUAUUUAAUAAGCAUUUUAGUAGUUUUCCAGUAAUUUUUAAAUUGUUCUGAUAAAUUUUCAAGUAUUUUAAAUACCUAUUGAAGCUCCAAAGUGUUCUAAAUUGGUUCAAAAAAAUUCUUAAGGUUUCCAGUUCUAAAUUGAAUCCUAGAUUGUUCUGAAAUAACUGUAAAUUGUUCUAAAAUGUUCCUAAAAAUUCUGAUUUGGAUAGUUAUUGAAGGUUUAAAGUUCUACAGCAAUUAUUUAAAUUCGUUCUUAAACGCCUCCUGAAAGGCGUGUUGUAACUUUUAUUCUGAAUCCUAAGAUUCUGGCGCUUUUCAAAAUGUUUCUGGAGAUUCUAGUGUGUUUGAGUAUUUAAGAACGUCCUAAAAUAGUGGCUCAGUUGUUUUUAAGAUUUUUUUUUUGGUGCCAGAAGUUCAGACGUAAUGUAGACCUGAAAAGGACGUCUUUGAGACUUUGUGUGCUAUCUGGGUUGGUAAAUUUGUUACACUAAUCAGCUUCUUAUUGAUUCAAAUCAGUGACACAGACAUUAAGUUAUCAUUCUUAGUCUGACAUAUCUGUUUCUCUGUAUCUAUUUCAUUGCAACAAGUAUGACAGAGAUGAGUUAUGUAUAUACAUAGAGCAAUGUUCAUUGGUGGUACCAAAGAGAAAUCUGACGGUUUUAUAAUAAUUCACUUUCCUUUUAAGCCUGAACAAUUUGGAACGACCCAGUGGGGUAAAAUUGUAAUUUUUGGGCUUACACAAAUUCAAGAUUUUUUGUCAUCUGUACCUACAACAACAAAAAGGUCCUAAACCUGCCAAUUUUGAGGUAAGAAGCUGAAAAUUGGUAUACAUCUUCAUUUUGACGUUCUAAUAGUUAUCCCAAAAGUCACAAUAAAGGUAUCCAAGGCUUCUUUAGUUAUUGCAGGUCAAAAGUCACAG